AUGGGAGGAGCCUCUCUGCUGCUGCUGCUGCUGCUCCUGCUGCUCUUCAGCCCCUCCAGACCUGCGACUCACCAGCUGAAGCACUCGGAGCAGUGCCAGCCGCCGUCCGUCUCCUGUGGGACCGGCGGCGACGAGGUGCUGGAGUCCAGUCAAGAGGCCCUGCACGUGACGGAGGGCCGGUACCUGCGGCUGGACUGGUGCAAGAGCCAGCCUCUCAAGCAGACGCUGCGGGAGGACGGCUGCCUGAGCCGCACCGUCCUCAACCGCUUCUGCUACGGUCAGUGCAGCUCCUUCUACAUCCCCCGGCAGGACCAGCAGGGCGGCGCCGCUGCCUUCCGCUCCUGCUCCGCCUGCAAACCCCGGGCCUCCAGCGCCGUCACCUACACGCUGCUCUGCCCGGGUCGGACGCCCGGCACACGCAGGAGGAAGGUCCAGCAGGUCAAGCAGUGCCGCUGCACCAACGUGGACACGGACUAGACCCGGCAGGGUCACGUGACCCCCACUGUUGGACCGUCGAAGGAGGAAAUCGGAGUGACCGUACCUGGAGCUGGAGUCAAACCCACAACCUCCCUGACCGGAGAACCACUGGAGCGUCUGCACAUCUGGGUUUAGAGAACACAUUUGAUACACAGAAGCAAAUUCAGUAGUCAUGCUAAGUGAACUGAUCAGCUGCGCACUGCUAUUAAAUGCCAUGAAACAAUUUCUUCAGAAUGUAUUUAUGUUUUUAUUUGCCUUCACAUUCUCCUUUCUGAUAGGGUGGAUAUGUUUUAUUGUUCUCCUUCUUUCCUCAUUCAGAUUGAUUGUUCAGAGAUUAAAACA